AUGCGUCACAGAAAGCGGAUCGACAGAUUGGGCAGGCCAGCAGACCAGAGGAAGGCACUAGUACGAGGACUGGUGACUGAAGUGCUCCGUCACGGCAGAAUCACAACCACAAAGGUAAAAGCAAAGGCAAUCAGGAAGUACGUGGACAAGAUGAUCCAGCUGGCAAAGGACGGGUCUCUGCAUGCUCGGAGACAGGCGCUGGCGUUCGUCUAUGACCAGUCCAUUGUGAAAUCGCUGUUUGAUGAGGCUCCUGCCCGGUAUAAGGACCGCAAUGGAGGCUACUGCAGGGUCAUCGCUGAGCCACAGAGGCGGCGCGGAGACUCCACAGAGAUGGCAGCAAUCGAGCUGGUUUGA